UGCUCCCUGUUCCGCUUUUGCGAUGACUGAAGGCGUCCUGCUUUGCGCGUGUCGGGGCCAAAUCCAGAUUUUCAUUUUGCCCCAGGCUCGGAUGGCUAAGUAGGUCCAAACCGCACAAACAGGAAGGAGGGAAGGCAAGGAGUGCGGGCAGAGGGCGGGUCGUUCCCAGCAGCGCCCCAGUCCCUCCCCGCUCCGGUCUCCGACCCGCUGGGGCCGGGGCGGGGCGUGCGCGUCAGCUGGGGCUAGAAAAGGCGGCGGUCCGGCCCGGCGAGGUGACAGCCCAACUUGGACGCCAGGUCCGGCCGAAGCCGCCAUGAGCGCCGCGCUUUUCAGCCUGGACAGCCCGGUGCGCGGCACACCCUGGCCCACAGAGCCCGCGGCCUUCUACGAGCCAGGCAGGGUGGACAAGCCCGGCCGAGGGCCCGAGCCAGGGGAUCUGGGGGAUCUGGGCUCCACGACCCCUGCCAUGUACGACGACGAGAGCGCCAUCGACUUCAGCGCCUACAUUGACUCCAUGGCCGCCGUGCCCACCCUAGAGCUGUGCCACGACGAACUCUUCGCCGACCUCUUCAACAGCAACCACAAAGCGGCCGGCGCCGGCGGCCUGGAGCUGCUGCAGGGCGGCCCUACGCGACCCCCGGGUGUGGUCUCAGUCGCCAGGGGUCCGCUCAAGCGCGAACCCGACUGGGGCGACGGCGACGCGCCGGGCUCCCUGCUGCCCGCGCAAGUGGCGGUGUGUGCGCAGACAGUGGUGAGCUUGGCGGCCGCGGCUCAGCCCACACCACCCACUUCGCCCGAGCCUCCUCGAGGCAGCCCGGGGCCGAGCCUCGCGCCGGGCCCCGUCCGAGAAAAGGGCGCGGGCAAGAGGGGUCCGGACCGCGGCAGCCCGGAGUACCGGCAGCGGCGCGAGCGCAACAACAUCGCUGUGCGCAAGAGCCGCGACAAGGCCAAGCGCCGCAACCAGGAGAUGCAGCAGAAGCUGGUGGAGUUGUCGGCCGAGAACGAGAAGCUGCAUCAGCGCGUGGAGCAGCUCACCCGGGACCUGGCCAGCCUCCGGCAGUUCUUCAAAGAGCUGCCCAGCCCGCCUUUCCUGCCGCCCACCGGCACCGACUGCCGGUAACGCGCGGCGUGGGCCUUUGAGACUCUGAACGACCUAUACCUCAGACCCCGACAUCGGGGAGCAGACGCCGCCCGAAUCGCUAGUUUCUUUGGGACCUGCGAGCGACAGGAAGCUGCAGCUUGGGCACUGGACUGCGAGAGAAUCUUUACCCCUUAAAUUAUUUUUUUAUAAUGGUAGCAUUUUCUACGUCUUAUUACCAUUGCAGCUAAGGUACAUUUGUAGAAAAGACUUUUCCGACAGACUUUUGUAGAUAAGAGGAAGAGACUGCGCAUGCUUUUUAUAUUCAUUUUUACAGUAUUUGUAAGAAUAAAGAAGCAUUUAAAUCGC